CCGCAUCUGAUGAGCAGAGGCACCCAGCGGCAGCCAGGCGCUCCGACGCAAUACCAAUCACAGCCUUCUUGAACUUCACCAUGAUUUGAAGCUGGCUUUGCGUCUCCCAAACAGCGCAUGCUCAUCUUGUUUGUGAGUUACAAGUAUCCAGCCGCAAUUGAGCUGCUCUUUUGACAGUUGAGGCAAUCACAACUGAUAGCAUCGUGCAACAGAGCCGGAAACCCUUCAGCGUGGGGUUUGAUUGGUCGCCCAGAAGCUUUGAGAAUGCUUGGAGGAUUCUCAUCUGGCCGGAGGUCCGCCCGCAGUGCAGGGAGUGCUCGAUCUCGCAAACCCUGUCACCGGGGGAUGGGUAACCGCAUAUGGUACAUAUCGAACAAUACAAUUACCAACUCCUGAUCCCCUAUAUCCACCGUGAUCUCAUCCUACCCAAGAACCAAGUCGGCUCGACCUGAAUUGCAUACGGCUACCCGGCUUCGCGAACACGUCGGAGAGCUUUACGAGUACGAACCGGCCUUUUCAGAUUCCUUUUACUGCUGCUUCUUUCCGUCGACGUUUCCUUCUGCUCAGCAUGGGUGCAAAGUCAGGGGUCCAAGCGCCGACUACAGACAACGCGUCUGGACUACGGCGGCCUAAAGCCCCCGUUGCAUGUGUGGUCUGCAAGUCCCGCAGGAUCAGGUGCUCAGGAAAAGCGCCUUGUCAAGCAUGCUUGACAUUGGGCACGCAAUGCGUCAUUGACGAGACACUGGAUGGCCGGAGGAAAGUGGCCUUGACGCGUAAACUUGAUGAGCUUAUUCAUCACAAAUGGAUUCUGGAAGGAUUUCUGAUUUGUCUACGAUUUGCACGAGGGCCGUAUCUGGUUGACCUUCUGGAAUGUGUGAGUGAGGGUGUGCCGUUGCGGUCUCUAGCCACGACUGUCUCUGCUGGGCUUUCGAAGGCAGAUCUUCCAGGCCCAGUACAGAGCAGGGUGAUCGAAAUCGAACGAGAACUCAAGUCGUAUAUCAACGGCAACCCCCAGCCAGAAACUUAUUCUUCGAAUGACUUGUCAAGACACUCGAAGGCUUCAGCUGUGCAAACUGGUGACUCUGAAUCCCCGAGUGGCACACCCCUUCCAGGAGGAAGGACGGAAUCCUUCAGUCCUCAGCGUCAGAGGGCAGACUGCAAAGCAGGACGGUCUGGCAAUGAUCACACAAUUCCGAAGCCAGUUGCAGGAGGCUUGGCUGUCAACAUGAGCAAUGGCUAUCAUACUAGCGCUCUCGGCCAUUCGACAGACCGUGGAACGUUGACUCACAGUUCAGGAGGUGGGCUCGACGAGAUUCUGCAAUUCCUGAAUGCUCCACGAUCUCCUAGCAGACACCAGUAUUCCCCGGAGAUGGACUUUGAAUUUAGUAGAGGUCAAUCCACGGAAUCUGAGUCGGGGAGUCAGCGAUUUUCGUCGCUUGCCCCAGAUCUGGAGCUAGACAUGCACGGAUCCUUCAACAAGGACCAUCUCACCUUGUACACUGACGGCUUCAUGGAAGUUGUCGAAUCAAACUCAGACAUGAGAAGGAGAAAACACUCUGCCACGAUCAUCCCAACAGUUCCAGCAGCAUCAAUAACACCUCUUUCUAAUCAAUGCUCAUACCUCCCUUCCAGUGGUAGCGACUCGCGGAGACUUUCAAUGACCUCUUCAACCCUUAUCGCAAGCUACGAUCAAUCGCCAAAUACCGAAUUCGGCCAAAACUCGUGGCCGGAGCCGCCACAAAGGACUCGGCCACUAGCAUUGCAUAUGGCCUUGCCUCGAAUCGAGGUCAAUGACAAGCCCAUGUCAUGCGCUAUCACCAGCUACUUGGAAUUGGCUCGGUCGAUGUUGUCACAGGGGACACCUGUGGAGCAGGUGUUUGGUCCCGACAGGCCUUCGAUGGAUCUUCUAUUUCGACCUCGAAAACCAACUGAUUCGCACUCGGUAUGUCACUUCGUCGCUGAGCUGUGUGCUCGAAUCAAGGGCAUGGAAACGGCAUCCAAGUUAGGCAUAGCCGUCAUGUUCGUAUACUUGAUCAGGUGGAUGAUCUUGUCGUCGCAGGAGAACUAUCAGAGAGUCCCCGAGCUUUACCGCCCAACACUUGCCCAGCUUGAAAUCCCGCAUAGCGCGGACAUCGAGUUUUGCCCGUUUCCUCAGUUGCGAGAUGCACUUUGUCACAGGAACCGAGAUUUUCUUCCGGGUGUAGCAAGGAAUAUUCGGUGCAACUGGCCCCAUACGUCGAUGGAGAGUUGCGUCGAGUGGAAUCAGAAGACGGGACGGGUUUUGCCUACUGGGGAAUUUUGCAGACAUAUUCUGCAACCCGACCACUGGACCCUCAGACCCGGGAUAUGCGACACAUUUCCUGAGUGUCGCAAUCUUGUCAGGGCUGCUGGAUGAAGCCUUGAGCAUGAUCAACGUGUGGUGUCUGCGGGUGAUUGUUUCCACAUUUGCAACCACAUUGGCGGCCGCAUUACGGAGUAGCAUGGAAUAUCUUUGCAAUAAGCCGUCGGGCAGGAGUAGGCAUAUUGUUCGAAUAAUGUCACUAGCACUAGACAAACCGUGAUCGCGAUGCUGAUGUUGAAGACCC